AAUUAUGGAUGACGACAGCACUACAUUUUUGAGAACUAAAAAGGCAGUUUCAAAUAUUACAAAAUGUGGCGAUAAAAAACAUGUAGUUCGGAACUUGUCGAACGCAUUAUACAAGGUCAAAGAAACACAUGGAGGUCUCUCUGUCAAAACUAUAAAAUACUUCCAGAAAUGUUUUACAUAUGCUAUUCAGCAAAACAAAGAUGACAUAGAGGGCAUCCGAAAAAAUCUGUUUGCAACAGUUCCGCAUGCGUUCGGAGAUCACAGUCAAUGUAACUCAAGUUGGUGUGGAUUUUUAAAAGAUCCAAGCACUUACAAACAUAAAUCAUUGCCCUCGGGGAAAGAUCUUGUUGGAGAGAAACUAAAAGAAGCUCUGCAGGAUGUCUUUCAGAAGCAUGCUGAAAAAGCAGAAAAGUACACAGACCUUGGAUCAUCAAAUGCCAACGAAAAUUUAAACCAAAUGAUAGCGAAGAAGGCUCCGAAAGCUCAGCACUACUCUGGAUCAGAGAGCCUUUCUUAUAGAGUUGCUGCUGCUGUUGCCCAAAAAAACGAAGGUCACAAAUAUAUUUUACAGGUAAAGCUGUUUUAA